GAAUUGUGACAACAGCACAGACUGUGGAGCGUUGAAUACUUACCCCUACCAUACUGUACUGCGGCGCGAAGCCUCGUAAAGCUUCUCGGAGUACAGAGCCACGCUGCUCCGCAACAAUGGAGUACAUAAGUGAGGCCCUUCCCUCUUGAUGAUCGACACAGCAACCUUGCCUGAGCAUCACGCACCUUUGAGCUCGCUUGAGUCUCGUCCUUUCUUUACAUCGUUCUGCAUUUAGUCACUCAUUAGCAAGAUCAUCUCGAUCAGCAUGGUCACUUUCUCUUUCGCCGCGUCUGCGUUGGCUGUUGCAGUCACUGUGCGUGGAGCUGCUCUGCCGCAAACCGCCCCACUAGGCGAUGCUCCAUCCUGCCUUGACAAAGCUCAAGGCACGACUUUCCAAUGGCCGACGAACACUGAAGAUGCGUCCAGUAUCUUCCAGAUCACGUGUGGCACGGAUUACUGGGGCGGUGAUCUUCGCUCGCUCCAGAGCGACACUUUCCAAGGCUGCUUGGCUGCCUGCAAGAGUGAUGCCGAGUGUGUUUCGGUCGCGUAUGGGGGCACUUCGUGCUAUCUCAAGAACAAGUUGACUACUGGGCAAUCCAAUAGCGGCGUUUGGUCGGCGAAGAAGAUGGUCAUAAACAAGGGCCUCACAUGUGACGCAGACGGUUCCAGCGAUGGCAAGACGUACACUUCGUCCAAGGGCGACUUCAAGAUAGUCUGCGGCAAGGACUACGUCGGCAACGACCUGCCCUCAACCAGCACCAAGACCUUCGAAGCUUGCAUCGAGACCUGUGCUACGACUGAUCGAUGCGUCGACGUCUCCUAUGUUGGAAACACCUGCUAUCUCAAACAUACAGUCGUCACCGCCAGUGAUUCUGCGCAAGUCUGGACUGCUGUCCGCGUUAACGCCCAGCCCUUCGUCUACGGUCUUACCUGCGAUAACAACAAGGAUGACAAGAAAACCUACAGCGCCAAGACCGGGGGAUCAUACACCAUCCAGUGCGGCGUUGACUACUGGGGCGGCGACCUCUCGUCAGUGCAAACCGCCACAUUCGAGGCCUGCAUGGACACUUGCGAUGCCACGACUGGCUGCCUCGACGUCUCCUACUCCUCCGGCACUUGCUACAUGAAAAGCGUACUCAACACCGCAAUGACCGCGUCCUGGGUCUGGACCGGCCGCAAGGUCGUCAAGCCGGCCGAGAUCCCCCUCGACCUCACCAACACACAAAUCUUCAGCAACAGCCGCCCAGCCGACACCCACAUCACCAAGGAAACCAACCUGUUCUCGCAAACCAUGACCGGCAACGACAACAGCUUCGCCAUCUCCACCAUGCUCUGGUUCCCGACAGUCCCGUACACCGUGUACGAGAUCUCCUUCGAAUACUACCAAGAAGCCGGGCGCGCGCAGGUCUCUUUCAUCGAAGUCGGCGACUCCCUGGGCUACCUCGCCACGCUGGCAUGGUACCAGACGGCGCAGGGCACAAAAGUGCUGGGCGGCCCCGAGUACGGAAACGCCAUCUCGCGGCGCCCGGCUGGGAGCCAAGUCAACACGUGCUGGAACAACAAGAUCGAGCCCAAGGUAGCUCCUGCGAGCGGCACCUGGCAGACGGGCACAGUGCUCUUGUAUUCGAGGACUGCGCAGGGGUAUUUCCGCCGCGAUCAGGGUGGUCUGGGUACCCAGUCGUGGCGGAACGUGUACGUGCGACAGAAGACUGACGAUUACUGCGGCAUUACGCAGUAGGCAUCGCGCUUGGAGAGGUUGGACGCGUUGACGGGCAGGGUGGAGUGUUGUGGGUAGAAAUUAUAAUCUAAUAACUUUUAUAACGUAAAUAUAAUAGGUGUCUAUCAGCUUACUGCUGCUGUAGCUGUAAAGAUUAAUACAAAGAUG